AUGUCCACAUUCAUUGACACAGCAGAGACGGCAAUUCACACCAGCCACGAAGCCCCGAGCAACGCGGGACUUGAGAGCCCUGUAGAGAGCAAGACGCAGGACGGGCACGCCAACGGUGUCACCUCACGCCCGUCCUCGCGAGGGCUAGAAAGCAAAUACAAGCAUGUUUUCGCAGUGCACGCCGAUCGAAAGACGUCCUACCUGAGCGAGGAUGCCGAUAGGCCGCACAAUUUUGCGGGCUUCAGGAAUCUGAUGGCGCUUGUUUUGAUCGUUUCGAACGUCCGCUUGAUGAUAGAGAACUUCCGAAAAUACGGUGUGCUGAUCUGCAUCCGAUGCCACGACUACAGCCGACAAGACGUAAUCUAUGGGUCGAUCCUAUACUUCUCGGUGCCCUGCCACCUAUUCGUCGCCUACAUCAUCGAGCUAGCGGCCGCACAGCAAGCCAAGGGCGCCCUAGCGCGCAUGAAGAAAGCAGAGGAAGACCCCAACACCGCAGACAGCCGAGAGAAGCAGCGGCGCAGCUUCCUGUCGACGUGGAAGCUAAUUGCACUCGCCCACGGCGUGAAUGCCACGCUGAACCUCAUCAUCGCGACGACGGUCGUUUAUUACUACAUCCACCACCCCGGCAUCGGCACGCUCUGCGAGAUGCACGCCGUCAUUGUCUGGCUCAAGACAUGUUCGUACGCCUUUACAAAUCGGGAUCUGCGCCAUGCACUGCUCUCGCCAUCCUCCACCGGCGCGCUGCCUGACCUAUACAAGAGUUGCCCGUACCCGCGUAACGUCACGCUCAAGAACCUGGCGUACUUCUGGUGGGCACCGACGCUGUGCUACCAGCCCGUAUAUCCGCGAACCGAGAGGAUCCGCUGGCCCUUUGUCUUCCGGCGCGUGCUCGAGUUCGUAGGGCUGAGCAUCGUCAUCUGGAUCGCCUCGGCGCAGUACGCGGCGCCGCUGCUGCAGAACUCGCUGGACAAGAUCUCGACGCUGGAUCUGACGUCCAUCCUCGAGCGGCUGAUGAAGCUCUCGACCAUCAGCCUCUUCUGCUGGCUCGCGGGCUUCUUCGCGCUCUUUCAGAGCUUCCUGAACGCGCUGGCCGAGGUGCUGAGGUUCGGCGACAGGGAGUUCUACACCGACUGGUGGAACACGAGCAGUAUUCGCACAUACUGGACUACGUGGAACAAGCCCGUGUACCACUUCAUGCGAAGGCAUGUGUACUCGCCGCUCGUGGGCCGCGGAUGCCCGAAACAGGUGGCGCAGAUCAUCGUCUUCAUCUUCUCGGGCGUGCUGCAUGAGCUGCUGGUUGGCGUCCCGACGCAUAAUAUCCUUGGCGUCGCCUUUGCAGGCAUGAUGUUCCAGCUCCCCCUCAUCGCCCUCACGGACCCGCUGCGGCGCAUGAAGGGUAUCCGCGGGAAAGUGACGGGCAACAUCAUCUUCUGGGUCAGUUUCUGUCUUGUGGGACAGCCGCUUGCGGCGCUGUUGUAUUUCUUUGCCUGGCAGGCAAAGUACGGGAGCGUGAGUAAGCCGCAGUUUAGGAUGGCCGGGUGGGGAAGCUAG